AUGCCGGGCAACCGCGAAAACCAACAGGCGGCCCGCCACGAAAACCAACAAGCGGAACGCGAAUUGGUGCCUGAUCGGUUUUGGCUCACGAGGAGUGCUCGACCGGAAAUCAUUGGUGAACCAAAGCCAUGGUCCUUCAACGUUGCAAUAUGUGGCAACUCUGGAUGUGGCAAGAGCACUGGAAUCAACACUCUACUUGACCCCUAUCAUGAGGAUGCACAGGAGCAGGCUCCCACAGGGAACACCGAAACGACGAUGGAGCCGCGACUCUACACUAUCAAUUGCCCCCAGAUGUUGAAUCUCCUACGGCUGGCCUUUGGUGGGCCAAAUGAUGGCACCGAAAGUUGGUGGAAUCGUGCACAACGACGUUCCCAGGCUUGGUUGCUUCAAAGAGGUGUCUCUCUGGUGGGAGGAGAUCCCUUUUGUCUGAAUCUUGUGGACCACCCUGGUGCUGGCACCCGUUCCAUUCCAGCACAGACUUAUAUCAUAGACUACGGCCUGUCUCACUAUGAUUUUGUCGUGUUGGUCACUGCUGGUCGGUUGACGGAGGCGGAGCAGGAUGUUUUCGAUGAAUGCGUGGCAAAUCGUAUUCCCGUCGCUGUGGUGCGUGCCAAAUUCGACGUUGAUCUGUCCAGCGAGAACAAGAAACCUAUGUGCCGGCGCAAGACCGAAGAGGAGGUCAAGAAGUCGAUUCUUGAUUACUUCGAACAGGUCAACGUGCGGCCCGUGUAUCUGUUGGAUAUGAUGAGGUUCGAAUCGCACGACUUCGCCCGAUGUUUUCGUCACAUUGUGCGUGCAGCUCUCCACGGCCGUGAUGGUCGACCCGAAAACGAAAGGGAUAACGCUGCCCUUGACCCUUACACCGAGGAAACCGAUGAAGACUGGGAAGAUCUGGAGGCGAUCGUCGAUGCAUUGGUGGUUGUCGAAGGCCAAUCUGGGCAUGCCGUCAACGGUGAAAACGUGGAGGAAUGA